UUUUUUUUUUAAAUCAGAGAAAAAACCAAAAAAAACAAAAAUUAAGGUUAACUGUGCGCUGAGCCAAGCUUCUUCAUCGUCGGUUACUAUUGUGCGGUGACAGUAUCUCUAGCUCUGCCACGUGUGAAAAAUCUUGUCCACUUACCAUCACUUCUGCUACUGUUUCCUUUGCGGCUGCUACUUCUACAAGUGGUAGUGAUAAUGAUACAUUAAUGGAGACUGACGCUGGAUUGAUCUCUCGCCGGAAAAAACAUCCGUUUUACCGGGGGAUCCGUUGCCGGAGCGGAAAAUGGGUCUCCGAGAUCCGAGAGCCUAAGAAGACAACACGUGUCUGGCUCGGGACUUAUUCGACGCCUGAGAUGGCUGCCGCUGCCUAUGACGUUGCGGCUUUAGCUCUUAAAGGCGGAGAGGCGGUCUUAAACUUCCCCGAGUCCAUCGGGAGUUACCCUCUUCCGGUUUCCUCUUCAGCAGCUCAUAUCCGAACCGCUGCGGCUAAGGCGGCUGCUACGGUUGGUGCUGCGGCUGCGGCUGCGGUCAAUGCGGCUAUGAAGGGAGGUGAAAAGAAGGAAGAGAAAGUUUGCGAUGGGGCGGGAUCUUCAGCUGUGGAGUUUGUGGAUGAAGAAGAGCUAUUGAACAUGCCUGGUUUGCUAGAGGAUAUGGCCAAGGGGAUGAUGGUGGCUCCGCCGUGGAUGGGAUGUCCUCCAUCGGAUGAUUCUCCAGAGAAUUCUGACGGAGAGAGCUUGUGGAGUUAUUGAUUUGUGUUGAAAUCUGUUUUAUUUUUGUGUUGAAUGUUUGUUUACUUCUUUGCGAAUCACUGUAUGUCUUGUUGAAUAAAUCGUAUGUAUCCCACAUUUAUGAUUCA